AAGAAAAUAGACUUAAGAUAAAUAAAUAUUACAUCAUAAUAAUGAAAAAGAAGUUAUUCUACCAAGCUGUUCUACUAUAUUUUGCGUUGAUUAGUUUAAUAAGAGUGUACAUAUAUUCUUUAAAUUCACAUUAAAUAAAUUAAGCGGCAUUUGGUAUAACUUUUGUUUUUUUGCAUUUAUGUCUGUAAAAAUCCACCAUAUGUAAUCAAUAAGUUUGAAAUAAAGUAAAUGUUGUAUUUAUGACAUUUUUUUACUCUCAAUUUUGAUAUUAUGAUUGAUGUUAUACAAUAUAUAAUCUUUCAUUCGAGUCCAAAAAGUUGUGGUUCAUUGUUGCAAAAGAUUACAUUUUGGAGAAAUAUAGAUAUUGUGUAAAAUGUUGAUGUGUAGGUUACAUAUUUAACCUUGGCUUUAUUGAUAAUACAGGAUAAUAUAUGAUAUAGUAAAAGCUUUAAAAACCACGCCCUCUGCUACAGUAACCUGUAAAAAAAAACUAACCUGGAACCAUAAAACUAAUCUUUCUCACGUGACGUCACCCCGCCGACCCGACCAAUGAAAUCGCUUCUUCAAAGUUUUGCCGCGAGGAGCGGUGCAGAGCUGAGGUGGUGUGUGCGUGUUUUCUGAAGAGAAUAACUGGUUAGCUGGUUUAAAUAGAUGUAUGAUUGAAUCAACACUUUGAUAACUUGUUAACGUAUCAGUUACGGUGUUGAGUUCAGGCUCCGUGUGUGUGUUGAGGUUUCCUUACUGACUUUUCAAUGUUGCAGCAACCACACGCUUUGUUGUUGUUGUGGGCGGAGCGUUAGCAUGCUAGCUGCUAGCCUUUAGCUAACACCGGCUACUUCCAGGUAACAAUAACAACAACCGCCUGUGGACUCGCAUCCUGUCUCCUGUCCUCGGACCCGACCUCAUGGAUCCCGGUGGAAGUGAACUGGACUCCAGCCUGCCUCAGCCCGAGAACCCGUGUCUGAUCGUGGAGGACUCCCAGCCGGACGGUGUCGCUCUGGAGGACGACCCCGAGAGCAGCUACCGAGCUCUGCUGGCCCGGCGCCUGUCCAGCCUGCAGCCUACGUCCCGCAGCCCGGUGCUGGAACUGAUUUCCUCCCCGCUAGGAAGCAGAUACUCUCAGAGUGACAGCCAAUCAGAGAGCUCCCUCAGUAACAACCAAGCUGAACCUGGCAUUCUAAUGGCGGCCAAUCCCAGCUCUGCAUUCGAGGAGGAAAGUCAAGUUCUAAACAUUUGCCCUCCGAACAAGAAAAAGUGUGCAGCAGAGGACACGGAGAUGGAUUCUGGAGCUGAUUCUACCACACACUGCAUUCAGUCUGAGGGGGGAGCCUCUCAAUUUGGUUUUCUGGAGCUCUCUCAGAGUCAGGAUCUGCGCGGUGAAGUGAUGAACAGUCGGGAGGAAGAAGAAGAAGACAGUGUUCCUCAGCCAGACGCCAAGAGACUCACCAAAUUAGCAGAGCAGAACGUCAGCUCCAGGACUUCAGAGAGUCCGGACAACAAAGCAGUGAGGUCUGAGGUGAGCUCCAGCAGCUCACUGGAGUCUUCGGGUCAGUCGGGGAGGCAGCUGGGCAUCCAGGUUCUGCUGCACUCUGAGGGCCUGCAGGCCUCCGAUGAGCAGGACUGUGAGAUCCUGUCCUCACAGGAGGACAUGUUCGACGCCGACAAGACCGGUGCUGCGGUGGACAGCACGGUCUCUGAGCCGGAGCAGCAAGGUCGCCCGACCGCGACGCCGGCUCACUCCUUGCGGCUGCUGCAUCUGUCUGGACAGGGAACACUGGUGCAGGAAAGUCUGUCCCAGAGCUCCGUUGACUACGUUGCCCCGACCCCAGACACCUUCAGCCACACCCCUUUAAUUAUUCCCAGCUCACCGACGGGACCAGAGAAUGAACGCGGUGCCGAUGAACCGAUGGAUACCUCGCUGCCCCCAGAAGACCGAGCGGGAGAGAAGGAGGAGGAGCCGAUGGAGACGGAGGCCGCCUCUAAGCCACACCCAUCCGCCUCGACUCCCGUCUCCCAGAAUUCCCCUGGUUUUGUGUUGGAGCGAACUCUCUCUUUACCCUCCCAGCCAGAGUUCUCUCAUGACGUGUUUGUCCCGACGCAGAGCCAGGACGCACCGCAACAGUCCGAUAAGAAGACGGGCGAGACGCAGUCUCAGCGCCCGGAGUCGGCUUCCUUCACUCUGCCUCUGCUGCUCUCUUGCGGUAGUCCAGCUCGGCAGACCUCGGAACAUCUGGAGGAGGACAGCCAGGCCACUCAGAUCGAGGAGCCGCCCGGUGUCGACGCCAGCGACUCUGUGGUUUCACAUCAGAGGAGCGAGAGCAACGGCGUCCCUCCGGAGUCACAAGCUCCCACCAGUUCCAAAGCCUCCGCCUCUGCUGAAUCGCCAAAGCAUCGCAGCGAAUGUGCCAAGAACGAUUCGUCCGAUGCGGUGCCAAAGUCCGAAGCGCACAAAAAGACAUCUUUGAAUGUAGAAAAUGUGAAUGUAAAGGACGACGAGAGUGACGGCAAUGAGGCGAGCCCCGCCGACGUGGUGUCCUGCUCGCAACCAAAGUUGGAUUCCUCCGAUCUGACUGUUAACAGCUGUGUGCAGGAGACCCCCCCUGCAGAUGCUACACCCCGAAGUUUGACCUCGCCGCCCACGAUCUCUCAGGCGUCUGCUGUGGAUGUGGCGAAGGGUUCUGCAGACUCGAGGAAGGAAGGAGGAAGUGCAAAGAGUCCGUCGGUAAAAUCGUCGUCACAGAAGUGUGGAGCGGUUGUUAACAGUCAAACAGCGAAAGAGGUGAUGGGUGAGCGGAGGCAGGGUGGAGUAGUAGAAGAGGAGGAGGUGGUGAUGGAGGAGGGUUCAGAGAUAGCUGUGGCCCUCUCCCAGAGCCAGCUGUUGUCCCCUGAGCCCAUGGAGGAGGAGGAGGAGGAGGAGGAGGAGGAGGAGGAAAAGAAGAAGAGUGAAGACCGAGGAGAGGACAGCGUCAUCAUUGUCACAGACAGCGAGAGAGACUCCCAGGCUCUCCAGAAAGACGCGACGCCACAAUCUCAGACCAACAGCUCCCAGUCCAUCUCCACCAACGGUCAUCAGUCCCAGGCUCAGGCCAAGAAGGUCCACGCGGCUCCUGAUAGGCUCUCCCAGACUCAGAGGGCGGGGCCUGACCCAGAGGGGCUCAAAGACAAGAGCCUGAGUGACAGCUCGGGAGAUAUUUCUUUCCACUUCACGCUUCCUAAAGAAGGGGAGCUGAUUGGUCCUGUGGUCGGAGCCACGCCCCCUCUAAUCAGCCAGCUGAAGCAGACGCUGAGACACAGCACUCCCAUCGAGAUGACUUCCUUCUCUGAGAAGUCGGGCGUGGCGGCUGAUGGGGCGAUGGCAGCCAGUGACAUCGUGUCGGGGGAAAGCGGGGACGACACGACGGAGAAGGGAGACGGGAAGCUGAGUCUGAGGAUGAAGCUGGUGACCCCCGUGGAAGAGGGCAGCUCGGAGCGCUUCAGCCUGCAGAAGCCAGCGCUAUCAGAAGAGGACGGAUCUGUCCCCAAAGUUGCCACUGUUGCCAAGGCUGUAACCAGCAGCCCGUCGGUGUUCAGUCGUGUCAGACAGGUGCACAGACUGCAGGAAGCCAGGGAGGACCUCCAGGCUGGAGGCCACAGCACACCUGUCAGAGGGCAGCUGUUCGCCUCACCACAGAGAGGCUCCCCGCCGUCCUCGCUGGGAUGCAACAGCCUCCCCAACAGCCAAUCGGAGCCUUCGCAACAGGAAGUGUCGGCGGCACCGCAGGAGACCCGUAAGGCUCCUCCCGGCACCGCCGAGCCCUCCGAGGACAGACGAGGUCCGCCUCGAGCUCCAGAGCCACCCGCCCCCAACAGGACGGAUGCCAGACGGGCGGCUCAGCAGACCUUCGACAGCACCGUCGCCUCCAGUCCGUCCAACAAGCUCCGUCAGCGAACAGUCUCCCAGCAGACCAGCUUCGAUGCGCCGGGGCUGCGCUCCCCAGCUGGCAGGGGAGAACCAGAGUCUCCGUCCUUUAGAAGAACCACAACCCCUGCCCACCGCAGACACGUGCGCACCAUCCAGGAAGUGCGCACCACCAUCACACGGAUCAUUACGGACGUGUAUUAUGAGGACGGCAAAGAGGUGGAGCGCAAAGUCACCGAGGAGAACGAGGAGCCCGUGGUGGACUGCCAGGUGUUGGACGGCGACAUCUCCCCGUGCCGCACAGGUAGCAGCUCCGUGACCUCCGGUGACCUGGGUGACAUCAGCUCCCUGUCGUCCAAGACCUCCAGCCUGCAGCACAGCUCCGGAGGAACCAGCAGCAGUGGCUUCACGCGGCCGGACUUCAUCAUGCCGCCCAGCCGAGGGGCCUUCAGUCCCAGGAGGGGAGGCGGGCAGCAACAGAGGGGUCACAGGGGUCACAGGGCGGGGUCAGUGGUCACAGUGAGCAGAGGCUACGACACCCUGGGGUCCCGGGCCCUCGCCCCGCUCACCCCCAGAGGGAGGGCUAGGAGGGGCCGACCCCCGUCCCGCUCCUCCAGGUCCAGGGGAGGCAGAGUCCGCUCUCUGCAGAGGCCACCGCAUUCCUCCUCGGAGGACGAGCACUUCACCCGCAUGCUCCCCCCGCACCUCCCCGUCAGCCCCGCGGACCCCGAGCUCCCCAGCCACUCCGACUCCCUGCGCUCGUCUCCGGAGGAGGCGAACUCGGCCGGCAGCAGCUUCGUCGGCCUGCGGGUGGUGGCCAAGUGGACGUCCAACGGCUACUUCUACUCGGGCCGCAUCAUCAAAGACACCGGCGAGGGGAGGUUCCGCCUGCGGUUUGAUGACGGCUACGAGUGUGAGGUGGUGGGGAAGGACAUCCUGCUGUGUGACCCCAUCCCGCUGGAGACGGAGGUCACCGCUCUGCUGGAGGACGAGUACUUCAGCAUAGGUGUUGUGAGGGGCCAUAAAACAGAGGGCCAGGAUCUGUUCUACAGUGUGGAGAAGGAGGGCCAGAAGCAGUGGUACAACAGGACAGCCAUCAUCCUGUCUGUGGAGCAGGGCAACAGGCUGAGGGAGCAGCACAGCCUCGGGCCCUACGAGCCCGCCGUGCCGCUGCCCAAGGCCUCCGACAUCAGCCUCGAUAACCUGGUGGAGGGGAAGAGGAAGCGCAGAGGAGCCCCCGAGGGUCAGAACACCCCCAACCGGAGCUCCUCCUCCAGCAGCCCCCGGACCCCCGGCCCCUCCGGCAAGAGGAAGCUGAUGAGCUCCGAGAACAACAGGUCGCCGGCCAAGAGAGGACGCCGGGGGGGCUCGGGCGCCCGAGCCGCUCAGCGGGUCGGACUGUGCAACACCUCCGGCAGCGGCACCGAUCUCCCCGGUGGGUCCGGAGACGUGGCGGAGACUCACGGCCCGCUGCCCCAGAACACGACACUCUUCAUGGGCUUCGCCUUCAUGCUGACGGCCUCGUCCGAGAUCGACCGGCUGACCAACAAGCACGCCAGCGACGAUGAGGAGGACGAUUACGUGCAGACGGGUCCGUAUAACAAGACGUACACGGAGUCCCAGCUGCAGGCCGGUGGAGGAUUCGUCCUGCAAGACUUCAACGAAGAACAAUGUAAGGCAGCUUACCAGAGUCUGCUCAUAGCGGACCAGCACUGUCGCACCAGGAAGUACCUGCUGUGUUUGGCCAGCGGUGUGCCGAGUGUGUCGCACAUCUGGGUGCGAGACUGCUGCAAAGACAACAAGCUGCUCAACUACCGGAACUACCUGCUGCCGGCCGGCGUGGGGCCGGAUGAGGCCAUAGUGGAAUGGCAUCCGCGCUGCAGCCCGUUCAAGGCUCUGCGGGUCCUGCUGGUGUUUGAGAAGCCCGUGGAGCUCUGGGCACAGCUGGUCACCAUGGGCGGAGGGUCGUGUGUCCGACAGUUCCCGGCGGACAAAGACUCAGACAUUCCUGCCGGCAAGUACGACGUGGUGUUGACGGACCGCGCCUGUCCGGCAUCGGUAGAGAAUACCGUGACGUCACAGGAUGUCCCGCUGGUGUCGGCCGAGUGGCUCAUCCAGAGCGUCAUCCGCGGGGAGCGCCUGGGUUUCCACAGCAAGCCUCAGUACCGCCACGACUACUCCUCCUCCUCCUCCUCAUAAACAUGUGCUAAAUGUUCAGCAUUAGUCUGUUGCAUGCCUCUGCUGUAUAUAACGUUAUCCUGUCUGUUUUUAACGGGAUAAUAAAUUGUGACUCUCGUUUCAUUUUAA